GCAACCACUUCGACGUACAAAUGCAUUAGAUACUGAUGCACUGUGCAUCAUCUAAAGUGCGCGUACUUGUACCGGCGGUGUCUGAUCUGGCAGACUGCUUUAGGAGACUUGGCUUUAGCUGCGCGGCCGAGGACGCCUUUGACCAUGGGACGCCCGAAGCAGGAAGAUGAGUUCGACCCGGCCUCCGACGUCCAGGAAUUACUGUCGGUGCACAGCGAAGAUGAUGAUAGCCCGGCCCCUGCGGAACUUGAGCCGCCUGGGAAGACGGCAUCACCGAAUGAGGUGCGGAAGUACAUUGUCUCCCUGCUGCAACGCCGCGAUGUGGACCUGAAACAAGCCACCCAAAUCUCCGCCAAGUGGCGGCUGGGAACCGGCGAGGAGCUCCGAGAGUAUGACAGGCACGCGUAUACUUUGAUCUUCGGCCUGGAAGAUGGAUGGGCGAUCCACAAGGAUGUCCGCGCGGGCCUCGCGCCGGAAGACGCCAGAAUUGCCGAAAAGAAGAAACAGGCGCUCAAGGCUAAAAUGUACCCCCGGAUAUGGAUGUCUGUCACAUGCUUGCUUGCGAGCAUUGCCACAAUCGGCUAUGGCAUCCACACGGCGAGGACGCCCACGUGGGGGACCUGGAAUAGAGACAGAGGAUUCAGCAUCAUCAAAAUUGGGGUCUUUGCGGCAGUCAUUUGCGUUGUGGGGCUCUUCGUGAACGUUCUGUAUCUCUGGGUCAUGCUGGAGUGAAGAGGAGAACGCAACAGACAGUUUCGACAUUGCUCCUAGCACCGAAUGAAACGUGCGAUCGCAAACCAAGCGAGGAGACUCUAUGGGAGAUCGUCGUGCUUGUUGUGUCACUUCAGUGGAAGUGCCGAUAGCGAACGCAUGCCUUGGACAUGAUGCUAUUGCAAUUAAUGAAUAUUUGUUAGGCAAGGCUGAUCAAGUGUUGUGCGGGACAUGCGAUCAUCGUGGGCGUAUCUUAUGGCACGACCUUAGUCAGCAUCGCUAUCGAUAACGUUCGGGAUGGCCAAAAGAUUUCGAAGCAAAGCGAACGUCGUCAAGACUCAUCUUCGCUGCA